AUGAUUGAUAAUGAAGAGGGGACCCACGACACCAUCUCGGGGCCCACCUCUGCUGAUCCGCUCGAUUCUGUCAAAUCGGACGGUGGUGAUGCAUCGCCAUCGCAGUAUUCCUCUUGUGGAGAAUCUGAGUUCGAGCGGUACUGUAGCGCCAAUUCAGUUAUGGGCACUCCUAGUAUUUGUAGUAGUUCAUUUGGAGCUUCUUUUAAUGAUUGUAUAGAAUCUGAUAUUGGGUCUUUAAAAAGUUUGGAUAAUUUUAGCUUGGGGCCGAAAAGUUUCCAUUUUGGGUUUGAUGAUAAUAGGAACUUAGAGGAUCACAAGCUUUCGAAUUUAGGUAUUGGUAGUUUAGAUGGCAGUUUUGAAGAGAAUGGGAUUGGUGGGUUGGAAACUUGUGGAGAAAGUAGUGGAUUCGGUAAUGAAUCGUACAGCAGACGGGAGAGUGUUCAUUUGGGAACUGGGAAUGGGGACUUGGGUGGGGUCGGUAGUGGAGAGAAUGACGGAUGUUUUAGUCGGUUGGAUGUGGAGGCAGGCUUGGGGUUUGAUGGAGGGGAAGUGGAGGGAGGGGAGGACGGGGGUUCGUCUAGAUAUGGAUAUUCAGAAGAUGAUGAUUCAAUGUAUGGGUGUGGUUCGGAUGAUGAGAAUAGGAAGAAUUUGUAUUUUCGGAGGAAUGAGUUGCUUGGCGAGGAAGGGAAAGUCAGUGAUGAGAAUCCGUUGAAUAUGAGUUCAUCUGUGGCUUUUGGGUCCGAUGACUGGGAUGAUUUUGAGCUAGAAACCAGGGGAGGCAUUGGAGCUUCUUUGACCUUGGAUAAAUUUCAGCAGCAUGAUCACGGUCGGGAGACUGAUGGAAAGGUUUCUAGUUCUACUUUUGUGGCCUUGACUGUGGCACCGGUUGUUGGUGAAACAGAAAUAGGGAAAGAUGUGAUAGAGGAACAUGCUGGCAUUGGAGACAGUGUAGGUGAUGGUUUUGGAGAGAAGCUCAAUUCUGGUACUGAGGUCCCUUUUGGUGUACGGAAUUCUGUUGUGGAUCAAGUGGAAGAUACGAGAGACAUUCCUGUAGCCAGUCGUCAGGCACAAGGUGCUCAUGAAUUGACCGAAGUUGAUAAAAGUACCUCAAUCAUGCCAUUUGGUUUUCCAGGCCAUUGCGAAGCACAGCAAGAAGAUUUUAGAGACAUUUCUUUUAACUGCAAUCAAGUCCAAGGUGCUAAUCAGACAGCAGAGCUUUAUAAUAGUUGUCCUGUCAGUGAUGUCAUUGAGGUGGAGCAGGAACGUCUGGUAGAAAAAAGUCUCAUAGGAUUAGGGUUGAAUUUUACAGAUUACCACAUGGAAGGUUUGUAUCCAUCUGUGAAAUCUGAGGAAGUUGUUUGCACUGAUGACAACAGAUCUUUGGCAAAUGAAGAGGCUGGGAAUUCUGAAGUAGAGGCAGACCCCCUUUCUGAUACAACCAACCAACUUUGUUCCUGCCCAGCUGAAUAUUCAGAAAAUGCAAGGGAAGAAUCUCUUGUGGUCCAAAAACUAAAUUCAACUGUGCCAAUGCUUGAAAAUAACAUGAAGAAAGCAUCAGAAAAUGCUCCUGGUUCUGUGGUUGUUUAUGAGGACCAUUCUGCGGUGGUUAAGGCAGAGAAUUUUGAGCUUAUUGAAUUUUAUGAUGAGAUUGUCAAUGAAAUGGAAGAGAUUUUACUUGACUCUGGCGAGUCUCCAGGGGCUAGGUUUCCUCAGGGCACUCGCAUGUUUCAGUCAAUGCCUCUAAGGGAUGGUGGGUCAACUGCUUCUACUUCUGGUACUGAUGAGGCUUACCCACUAAUUACACAGCCACAGAGAAUCGAUGGGGUUGAAGUGGUAGGUGUAAAGCAGAAGAAGGGAGAUGUCUCCCUUAGCGAAAGGUUGGUUGGAGUGAAGGAAUAUACUGCAUAUAUAAUAAGGGUAUGGAGUGGCAAAGACCAGUGGGAGGUUGAACGCAGGUAUCGUGAUUUCCAUACACUCUAUCGUAGGCUGAAAUCAUUAUUUGCUGACCAGGGCUGGACGCUUCCUUCUCCUUGGUCCUCUGUGGAAAAGGAAUCUAGAAAAAUAUUCGGGAAUGCAUCUCCAGAUGUUGUUUCUGAGAGGAGUGUUCUUAUUCAAGAGUGUUUACAUUCAACUAUCCAUUCUGGGUUCUUUUCCAGUCCCCCAAGUGCACUGGUUUGGUUCUUAUGUCCUCAAGAUUCAUUUCCUAGUUCCCCUGCAGCAAGAACACCAGUUCCUCAGUCUAUAUUUUCUAACAGAGGGGCAGUUGAAGGAAAUGUUUCCACUUUAGGGAAGACAAUAUCACUUAUUGUUGAAAUUCGGCCAUACAAAUCUACUAAACAGAUGCUAGAAGCACAACAUUAUACUUGUGCCGGAUGCCACAAGCAUUUUGAUGAUGGGAUGACAUUGAUGCGGGACUUUGUACAGACACUUGGGUGGGGAAAGCCUCGACUUUGCGAAUACACUGGUCAAUUAUUUUGUUCUUCAUGCCAUACAAAUGAGACUGCAGUUUUGCCAGCAAGAGUUCUACAUUAUUGGGAUUUUACUCAAUACCCAGUUUCUCAAUUGGCCAAGUCAUACCUGGAUUCCAUCCAUGAGCAGCCCAUGCUUUGUGUAAGUGCAGUAAAUCCUUUCCUAUUCUCCAAGGUCCCAGCCUUACACCAUGUUAUGGGUGUCAGGAAAAAAAUUGGAACUAUGCUUCCAUUUGUUCGAUGUCCAUUCCGCAGGACCAUCAACAAAGGACUCGGAUCUCGAAGAUAUCUUCUUGAAAGCAACGAUUUUUUUGCCCUUAGAGACCUCAUUGAUCUCUCAAAAGGGGCUUUUGCAGAAGUCUCCAAUAUCUACUCACUACCGGUGAUUGUGGAAACUGUUUCAAGGAAAAUCCUGGAGCAUAUAACAGAGCAAUGCCUCAUAUGUUGUGAUGUUGGAGUCCCCUGCAGUGCCCGACAAGCUUGUAAUGACCCGUCUUCACUCAUUUUCCCUUUUCAGGAAGGUGAAAUUGAAAGGUGUGCUUCUUGCGAUUCAGUAUUCCACAAGCCCUGCUUCAGAAAGCUUACAAAUUGCGCAUGUGGGGCACACCUCGGGCCAGAUGAGGUCAUGGAGUCUACUAAUAAGUUGAGCCGUAAGGCCAGUGGUCUCACGCUGGGAGGGAGAUCGGGCUCUACUUUGCAUUUGGGAUUGCUCUCCGGACUAUUUUCGAAGGCAAAUCCGAAAAAUAUGAAGGGUUACAAGGAUGAUGAUACUAUUAUUUUAAUGGAAGACUUUGAGUAG